AUUAUUUCUCUUUGAAAUUUCUACUUUCUAGCUUUCCGCGACAACAUCAACCCUACAAAGCCCCCAGCAUCUUAAUCUUUCACUUCUGUCUGCAGUAAUUCUAACGAAUGCUGAGAGUUUUGUGGCCAAAUUUUAUGCGGGGAAAUGGGAAUACGAGCAAAAAUAGCCUUUUCAUCUUGUUGAUUUACCAUGCAGUAUUUGUGAUGAGUGGGCUACCUUUGCAAAAUGCUUCCCCUUCCUCAGCUGUAAGCCAGGUGUCACUAAUUACAACAUCUGGUCAAGAAUCAAAGCCAAAGAAGAAGAUCUGCUGUGCUUGCCCUGAAACUAAGAAACUAAGGGAUGAAUGCAUUGUGGAGCAUGGUGAAGCUGCUUGUGCAAAAUGGAUCGAUGCUCAUCGACAGUGCCUUCGUGCUGAGGGCUUUAACAUUUGAGUUUGGUAGACACGGUUUAGUUCAUAAAUCAAUACCAUUUUGGAAUAUAGAAUUACACAUACCAAAUGUGAGGAAUAAAGCUAGAAAACACAGCUUUUCUUGACCUUUUCAACUUUGCAAGCAUUUCUAGUUUCUUGAAUGAUGAUUUCUUUUCCUUACAGAAUGACAAUUGGAAAUGACUAGAAUACUUGGAUGGGGUUGAUAUUGUGUUUGUCUCUUCUCCUUGUCUGUUAUUUGAUUCGUGUUUGUACCUGUGAUUUUACAGGAAGAGAAAAGUUGUUCCUCUUUA